AUUGUUUACAAGUUGUUGAGUGUUGGCGCCAUUUUGCCGAGAUGGCGGGGCGGGAGUGAGCACCCCUGAGCAUCCUUCAGCAUCCCUCAGCCUCCCCGAGGAGCCACGCCGCCGCCAUGAGUCACUCGCGGCGCCCCAGCAAGAUGAAGGCCAUCCUCAAGUACAUCGAGGUGGAGAACUUCAAGUCCUACCGAGGCUUCUACCUGGUGGGCCCGCUCAAGCCCUUCACGGCGGUCAUCGGGCCCAACGGAUCGGGCAAGUCCAACUUCAUGGACGCCAUCUCCUUCGUGAUGGGUGAGAAGACGUCCAGCCUGCGAGUGAAGCGGCUGAGUGACCUCAUCCACGGCGCAUCCAUCGGCCAGCCCAUCAGCCGCUCAGCCCACGUGACAGCCGUCUUUGAGAUGAGUGACGGCAAGGAGAAGCGCUUCACCCGCAUGGUGCAGGGCUCAUCAUCCGACCACAAGAUUAACGGAGAGGUCGUGAGCAGCCAGACGUACCUGAAGGAGCUUGAGGCACUGGGGAUCAACGUUAAGGGCAAGAACUUCCUCGUGUUUCAGGGCGCAGUGGAAUCCAUUGCUAUGAAGAACCCGAGGGAGAGAACUGCACUGUUUGAGGAGAUUAGCGGGUCUGGUGCGCUCAAGGAGGAGUACGACCGGCUCAAGGCAGAGAUGUUGAAGGCUGAGGAGGACACACAGUUCACGUACCAGAAGAAGAAGGGAAUCGCCGCGGAGAGGAAGGAGGCCAAGCAGGAGAAGGAGGAGGCCGAGCGCUACCAGAGACUCAAGGAUGAACUGGGCGAGAAACAGGUGGAGAUGCAACUCUUCCGCCUGUACCACAACGAGAAGGAGAUCGCGGAGUUUGAGAAGGAGGCGCGGAGGAAGCACGGAGACCUGGAGAAGGUGGAGAAGAAGAAGGAGAAGGCGGAGGAGGUGCUGAAGGAGAAGAAGAAGGAGCAGACGAGGGUUUCCAGGGAGAUGGCCAAGAUGGAGCAGGACAUAAGGGAGCUGGACUCUGAGGUCAACAAGCGUCGGCCAACCUUCAUCAAGGCCAAGGAGCGAGUGACCCACAUGCAGAAGAAGGCCGACUCAGCCCGCAAGUCCCUGGGCCAGGCCAUCAAGGCGCACAACGCACACAUGGACGACAUCAGGGAGCUGGAGGGGGAGCUGCAGGAGGUGGAGAAGAAGAGGGCGGAGUUUGAGGACCAGGUCUCGCAGGACUCAGAGAGCCAGGGCAAGAGUGUCCAGCUUGAGGAGGUUCAGGUCAAGGAGUACCACAAACUCAAAAACGCUGCCGCUCGGAAAUCUGCACAGUACCUCCAGGAACUCGACUCCAUCAACCGCGAGCAGAAAUCCGACCAGGACCGCCUCGACAACGCGCAACGCCGCACCGCCGAGAUCGAGAACCGGUUACGUCAAAAAGGCCACGAGCUCGAGGAGGCACAGAAACGCGUCGAGAAGCUUAUGGACCACAUACGACAAUCCGAAACUUCCCUUGAGGACCAGCGGAGACUACGGCAGGAGCUGGUCUCGGAUGUCGGGUACAGCAAGGAGAGGAUCACGCAGCUACAGGAACAGCUGGAGAACGUCACGGAGCAGCUCGGAGACGCUAGAGUAGAUAAACAUGAGGACUCGCGGCGGAAGAAGAAGCAGGAGAUUGUGGAGAACUUCAAACAGCUGUACCAGGGAGUGUACGACAGGAUGAUCAACAUGUGUCAGCCUAUACAUAAGAGGUACAACGUUGCCAUCACCAAAGUCCUCGGCAAGUACAUGGAAGCUAUCGUCGUAGACACUGAGAAGACAGCCCGGCAGUGCGUCCAAUACCUCAAGGACCAGAUGUUAGACCCUGAGACCUUCCUCCCCCUCGACUACAUCCAAGCCAAGCCUCUGAAGGAGCGGUUACGUAACAUCAAGGACCCUCGUAACGUGAAGCUCCUCUACGAUGUUUUGCAGUACGACCCGCCGGAGAUCAAGCGAGCGGUUCUCUUCGCGACGAAUAACGCGCUGGUUUGCGAGACCCCAGAGGACGCGUCGAAGGUGGCGUACGACAUGGAGGAUGGACACAGGUACGACGCGGUGGCGCUCGACGGUACGUUCUUCUCGAAAUCCGGGAUCAUCAGCGGAGGAAGUCUCGAUCUGGCGCGGAAGGCGAAACGCUGGGACGAAAAACACCUCUCGAAUUUAAAAUCAUCCAAGGAAAAGUUGACUGAGGAGUUACGUGAGGCCAUGAAGAAGUCCCGUAAGGAGUCGGAGCUGAACACGGUCGAGUCGCAGGUCCGGGGUAUCGAGACGAGGCUGAAGUACUCGCGCACGGACAAGGAGACAACGGAGAAACAGAUGGCGCAGUUGCAAGGGGAGUUGGAUCGCCUGAAGAAGGAGUUGGACACCUUUGAACCGCAGCUACAUGAUAUUGAGAAGACCAUGUCAGAGCGAGAGGCCCUCAUGAGCGACGUCAAGGAGAAGGUACGUAAUGGGGUUUCGGUUUGGGGGGUUAAUGGGUUUGGAUUCUCCUUGUAGAGUGUUGGAUCCUAUUUGGGGGCACAGACCGACCGGGCCAACAAGCGUCUGGAGUUUGAGAAGCAGAAGAAUCGCAUCCUGAACCAGCUGGAGUUUGAGCGAUCGCGUGACACCCAGAGCAACGUCGCGCGCUGGGAAAGGGCAGUGCAGGAUGAUGAGGAUGCCCUUGAGCAGGCUAAGCAGGCCGAGCAGAAGCAGAUGGCGGAAAUCGACAAAUCCAUGCGUGAACUGGACAAGAAGCGUUCCGAGAAGCUCGCCAAGAAGAGUGAACUUGACGAGAUGGACGACGACAUUGGCAAGGCUCGGCGAGAGGUUGGGGCCAUCGCCAAGGACAUCCAGAGUGUGCAGAAGCAGAUCAACUCCAUAGAACACAAGAUGGAGCAGAAGAGGGGGGAGAGGCACUCCAUCCUCAAGCAGUGCAAGAUGGACGACAUCCUGGUGCCCAUGACGCGCGGCAACAUGGAGGACAUAGAGAAUGAGGGGCGGGAGGCGGGGGAGUCCCUGGAGUACUCAUCCGGCCUCAACACACAGGUCAUGUACGAGAAGGAGUCCCGGAUUGUGAUGGAUUACUCACUGCUCUCGGAGACCCACAAGGAGCUGGAUGACUCGGAUGACGUGCACAAGGUGGAGAAGCGGAUGCAGAAACACAUCAACGACCUCAUCAACACCAUCCAGCGCAUCCAGGCCCCUAACAUGAAGGCAAUGCAGAAGCUGGACCUGGCGCGCGAGAAGCUUCAGGAGACCAACUCGGAGUUCGACAACGCUCGCAAACGCGCCAAGAAAGCCAAGCAGGCGUUCGAGCGUGCCAAGAAGGAACGCUACGACAGGUUCAUGGCCUUCUUCGAGCACGUGUCCAACGAGAUCGACGGGAUUUACAAGGCUUUGGCCAAGAACCCAUCCGCCCAAGCCUUCCUGGGCCCCGAGAACCCUGAGGAGCCUUACCUGGAUGGCAUAAACUACAAUUGUGUGGCUCCCGGCAAGCGCUUCCAACCCAUGUCAAACUUGUCAGGAGGGGAGAAGACCAUUGCUGCCCUGGCACUCCUGUUCGGCAUCCAUAGCUACCAGCCGGCGCCGUUCUUCGUGCUGGACGAGAUCGACGCGGCGCUGGACAACACCAACAUUGGCAAGGUGGCCUCGUACAUCUGUGAGAAGAAGACGCAGUUACAGACCAUUGUCAUUUCGCUGAAGGAGGAGUUUUACCAGAAUGCGGACGCUCUGGUCGGCAUUUGUCCUGAUCCUGGCGAGUGUCUGAUCAGCAAGGUCUUAACGCUGGACAUGGAGAGCUACCCACUACAGAAGGCCCCUGAGCAGAACCCCUUCGCAGCACAGCGGUAAAGAGACCUCAAAGAAGAGAGAAGAUGAGGGUAGAAGAGAAGAAGAACAAGGAGAGAGAGAAAAAGAAGAGAAAGAAGAGGAGGAGGGAGAAGAAGAGAACUUGAGAAGAGCAAAAAUAACACCAAGAAGAGAGGAGACAAAGAGAAGAGAGAAGAACAACAACAACAAGAGGAGGAGAGUAAACAGAAAAAGAAGAGGAAGAGAAAGAAAAGAGAAGAGAAAGAAGAGAGAUAGAGAAAUAUAAUAAUAGGUUUAAGAAAUAUGAGUUUACAGGACACACACACACACACACACACACACACACACACACACACACACACACACACACACACACACACACACACACACACACACACAC